AUGGCUAGGCAGCAUGGCUACCCUAUGUCCUCAUCGAUGGAUGCUUCACACUUGCCCCUGCCACCCAGAGGCUAUCAGAUCAGCAGACAUCCCAUGAACGGUCAACUCAUCCUGGUUCCCGCGGCUAGUCUAGACCCACGGGAGCUGCCACCGGCUGGGGUGUGGUCUGGCUACCCUCAGUCAGCCACACCUACUCCUAUCCACUCCCAACACCUGCAGGAACUCAUAGUGGCCCAGCAACAGAUGGCAGCACAGGAGCAAGGCGAGUUCCAGCGCCAUCUCGUGGAGAGGCAGAGAAACAUCAGUUAUGCAAUGGCUGUUCAACAACAUUACCAGCUUCAACAGGAACAGCGGAAGGACAUUGAUGAUGAUUCUGUGUCACCGUCUCCUGGAGCAGAUGCGAUAGAGAGGAAGCCGGCUGGCUUUCCUUACUACGCAGGGGUGCAGCCGUACCCGUACCCUUACCCCUCUGCCGUAUAUGACCCUCCCCCCAUGCUGGUGCCAGUCUCCUCCCUCAGAGCAGCCUCGCCCGCUGCGACCGCGCGUCCGCUCACCGUGACGGUGAAGCCUCAGCAGACACCACCGCUGACGGCGGCAGCCGCGAGCGCGCAGCAGGAACACGCUAGCCAUGUCGCUGAGAAACACCGCACCAUCAAGCAGGCCAGCCCCGGCAAGCGAGACCGCAGGAAGGAGCAGGAGAAGAGCAAGGCUACUCCUCCUAUCCUGCUGAAGAAGGAGAUGAAAUCCAUCGAGUGUCAGGUGGAUGACAUCGUACUGGAAACCAUGACAACGCCCCGCACGCUCCUGUCUCGCACAAAGGAGCGGAAUCGCAGCGGUGGCAGCAAGGCUAAAAAGUCACCUCUGGAAGCAGCUGGCAGGGUGGUGGAUGGAGCGAAGGUGGAGGGGGAAGUCGCUGCACGCGUCGGCAGAAUGGAGGGAGAGGUGGCGGGUGAAUCACUAGUGAAUCACUCUUCUCCUCCGCCACUGCUCAGGCAAGCAGAGUCACGUGACAGUCCGAUGCCGAGACUCAUAAAGCAAGCUGCUGACAGCGGAGUUGCUGCCAUCGUGGCGCCCCCUAGCGGUGCACCGGUCGUUGUGGACGCAGCAUUGGAGAAGCCAACGGAUGCUGCGCACACGCCAGAAGAAGAUGGCCUCGCUGAGCCACCCAAGCUAGAGAAAAUGGAAAUUGAGCCGGUGACAAGUGCUCAACAAUUAACCAGUCAUCCGAUACCAACGGCAUUGCUGCCCGCGCGUCAUGACAGUGGGAGUAGUAACGCCACUGUCCCUGAAUUAGACCCUGUACAAGACAUCACAGAUAAAGAGAGAGAGGUUGCUACUAUCAUGGCCUCAGGCAUUACCUGGCAACCAUCUACAGACGCAAAGGUGUCUCCAUGGCAACACUCAGAUGCUGCCACCCCAGCACUGUGGCAGCCAUUCUCGAAUGGGAAGUUAUCGCCGUGGCAACCAUUUACUGACAGCAAAGCUUCCCCGUGGCAUCUGUUUGCAGAUGCUCAGCCAUUGCUGUGUCGCCGUGAUACCGCAUCAGCGGUGGAGGAGAAUGCAGCAGCAGCAGCAGCAGCAGCAGCAGCAGCAGCAGCAGCAGCAGUAGCAGGGGAUCUGCUGUCACCUACAUGUAGUCAGGCAUCUGACAGCACUGGUUUAGGACUGCUGUGUGCUCUCGCUGAGGAAAAAUACACAAAACUGGUGCAAUGUGAGGUUGAGCAGCACCCCCUGAUUGAGACCUGCAGUGAAAAGCGCCCCCUGGAAGAGGCCAGCAGUCAGGGGCGACCCCUGGUUGAGGUUUGUAGUGAGCAGCAUCUCUCUGCAGAUGGCUGCAGUGAGGAGCCCUCUCUGGCAGACUCCUACAGUGAGGAGCGCCCCCUAUCAGUGGUCUGCAGUGAGCCUCCCUCCCUGGCAACCUGCGACAGCGAGGAUUCCCCGGCGCAUGACAGUAGUGAUCAGCGCCUCCUGGUGGAGGUGUGUAGCGACGAGCGGUCGCUGAAGCGUCAGGAUUCGACGGACAGCAUCUUCAGUGAAGGCACGCAUGUGAGCAAUCUGAUCCAUGAUAUCAACCGCAACAAGGCGAGCACUCCGGACAAGAACAUGUGUGACUUCAUCCAACAGUCAUGUCAGCCUGGCAGCAAGCCCCAGCAUGACACGAGUAAAGUCAGCAGCAGGCAGGCAGCGGGUGCGUGUAGGUUCGGCAGUCCUGAGCACAGUGUGGAUGACAUGGAUGCGAUGGAGCUGGACAUGCGCAUGAGACUCGCUGAGUUGCAGCGACGUUACAAGGAGAAACAGAGGGAGCUGUCGAAGCUUCAGCCACGACGCGACAAGUCCGAUCACUACUCAAGCAAACGCCCCGGUCGCCCGCGGAAACGCAAGUGUAACAGCUCGAGUCGUCGCAGCAGUAAGGAGAGUUCGUCGUCCCGUCCGCGGAGAGAGGAGGAGAGUUCUGCACGCCGCCUGAAGGAGCAACAACGCAGCCGCGACGAGAAGAGCUCAGUGAUGGCUUUCAAUCGAACAACGAUAAAGCCAUCUCCAGAUAAACCAAAGAAGCUUGUCCUCUCCAUAGCGAUUAGGAGGCCAGAGCCGGAGAAACAGAAGGAAAAACUAGUUUCUUCAGAAAAAAAUCUGAAAGCAGUGAUUAUAGCGGAGGAAAAGGCACCAGUUAUAGAUAAACAGAUUGCUCCAGCUGUGGUUGAGGCCAAGCCUAGGGUGCUGCUGCAAUCAUCACUGAAGACAUCGCUCAAACCUGAUAGGGAGCCAGAAAAGAGACUGCACUCAAAGAACAAAACACCGAGCAAGACUGAGCCACUACAUGUGUUCACGGGUGAUAUGCAUGAGCUGCAUGCUGUCAGUGGCUUGACUGGUCUCGGACUUCUGGCUCAUUAUAUCACAACUACCAGAAGUCGUCAAAAAAAAGAAGAAUCAGAAGACGAAGACGACGACGUGGAUGGAGCGUCAGCGUCCAAAAAGCGCAAGCCUGGACGACCGAAGAAACAUUCCCCAGACAGUGAUGGAGAACAAACAGAAACAAUAGUCGCCAAGAAACCAAGGAACCUGGCCCUCUGGCGGCUGAAAUCUGACCUAAAGCCAGAUGACACACCUCUCCCACCGACACGCAAACCAAAGCCAGUAGUGAGGACAGACUUCAGCCCCACCCCUAGCAACAAGCCGAGUCAGAAGUCCCCGGCAGCGCAUCACAAGUCUGCAGUGGUGCACCCUGUCCCAGCAACAGAUCAGCAGCCUAAGUGUGUGGACACAGGGAGUAAGAAGGAUGGAGGAGACGACGGCAGCAGCAGCAGCAGUAAGGCAGUGCCGUCAUUCUACAGCAGCGAACUCUGGAAUCGUCGACGCAGUGAACGUAUAUUCCUCAGCGAACCGGCCAUCCUACCCGGUGGCAUCUCUCCUCUCACCAGCAAUGUGUCACCAAGUGGCAGUGCAAGCAGUGCCAAGUCUCCCGGCAAAAGCUUUGCGUCUGGACCUGUAUUCAAGAAUGAGAAACAAGAGACAAAGACACCGAGUAAGCCACGCAGCAGGCAACCAUCGAAGGCAGACAGCGAGCAUAAGAGGUCGAAGCCAAUUCCUGUCAGGAGGCCUGCAGCAGCAGCAACAGCAGGAGCAACUGAGCGUUGUACUGGAUCAUUCACCUACGACCCAUACUACUACCCAGACUCAGACAGUGACGAGCCAGGGGGCAGCACUGCUGACGACUCGGACAGCAGUAGCAGUAGCAGUAGCAGCAACAGUGACUUCACUGAAGAGGAGAAUCUUCCAUUAAGUGCAUUAGUGGAGAAACCAUCUCGCCCUGUCACUCCCGAGCCGAGAAGCUGUCAGAUCUCGGAGGAAGAGUUGCGAGAUGGACUGCGGGUGCUAAUUCUGAUGGACGGUCACUUCUACCCGGGUUACGUGACGGAGAUAGAGCCGCCAGACGUCUACGGAGUCACCAUCGAUGGGGAGAGGGGCAAGCGACCCUACAUCUACCCCAGAGAGGAGCUGCUACAGGAAGCAGUGGGAGAUUGUGCUGUGUUUCUCUCGACGGGCCGACCACACCUGCCCUACGUCGGGCGUGUCGUGACGAUGUGGGAGGGCUGGGGAGGCAACAUGGUCGUCAAGGUGAAGUGGUUCUAUCAUCCUGAAGAAACGCGGGGUGGUCGCAGACUCAUAGAGCAGAAGCACUAUCUCCUCCAGGGAGCGUUGUUCCAAUCGCCACACGUCGAUGAGAAUGAUGUUCAGACGAUAUCUCACAAGUGCAACGUGUUGUCAUGGCAACAUUACAAUGCAUACAGGCAGCAGAAGGAGGGGAGGAGGGAUCCUUACAGUAACGAUGAUGUAUAUUAUCUCGCUGGAUCGUACGACCCGACUAACGGGAUCAUCAACUUUGAACCAAUAGAUUAA